UCAUGUUUCGAUUUACAUCGCAGCGGUCCAGUUGUAAACAGACCGAUUCAGAUUACACUAGGUAAUAGGCUUAUCUUCAAAGGAUACUUCGGACCGGACUCGCAACCAACCCAUUCGGUUCAUAUCCCACCACUUGUACAUCACAGAGAGAAAGAAUCACAACAGCAGGUGUUCAAAAUGGAUAUGAAAAUAUGUCGCAUAAUCUCGAUGAUGGUGUUGUCCUUUACUUACUUCUUUAUAGAAAUAGGUGUGGGCUACUACACAAAUUCGAUUGCUCUCAUUGCUGAUUCUUUCCACAUGCUAUCAGACGUCGUUGCACUGGUGAUAGCAUUUGUUGCUAUAAAGGUGUCAGUGAAGAAGUCGGAUAGAAACACGUUUGGUUGGGCUAGGGCCGAGGUACUUGGAGCACUUGUGAAUGCCGUUUUUCUACUGGGCCUGUGUUUCAAUAUUUUAAUUGAAGCAAUCCAGAGACUUUUUACAGAUACCGAAGUUACAGAUCCGAUACUGGUGGCAAUUGUCGGUUCAGUAGGCCUGUUCAUUAAUCUGAUUGGCUUAGUUAUGUUUAAUGGUCAAGGACACGGCCAUAGCCACGGUUUAGGUCACGGGCACAGCCAUGGUCAAAACGAGAACUCCUAUCUGUUACAGAACGAUAGUCUAUCUACGACUGGUGCUCAGAUAACUUCUGGAGACCAGAUGAACAUGAAAGGUGUUUUCCUGCAUAUUUUGGGAGAUGCUCUUGCGUCGAUUGUGGUCAUUGUCAGUGCGUUAGCUAUCCAUUUCAUUGAAAGCUCGUGGACAGUAUACAUCGAUCCUGGCAUUAGUAUUGUCGUUGUCAUCAUUAUUGUUAGUACAUCGUACCCACUAUUGAAGGAAUCGAGCAUGAUCCUACUUCAAUCACUUCCGAUUAACAUCGAUUUCAAAGAUUUAUCAUCUAGAGUAAAAAAGGAGUUAUCCGAAGACAAUCUCCACGAGUUUCACGUUUGGCAGUUGUCAGGAGAUGUCGUUAUAGCAACAGCGCACGUGGUGUUCGAUGGUAAUGAUGUAAGUGAAUACAUGAAAAAAGCCGAAAUGUUGCGUCAAAUGUUUCAUCGAAAUGGAAUUCAUUCGACUACGAUCCAACCAGAGUUUGUCAAUGCACCGGUGGUCAAUAGUGAAAAUGCUUUGGUCGUUCAUCCUGCUAAGGUCUGUAUCAUAGGAUGUAGUGAUUUGGAUUGCGGCGAUAAAAAAUGCUGCUCAUCUGUGAAAAACAACAGCGUCCAAGAUAAUACAUCACAAUCGGACGUAUGACAGCUGUAUUCGACGGGAAACUAUCACGUCAAGAUGUCAGCAUGGUGCAUAUUAUCCAGGUUUAGGAGAUAACAUUUGAUAUAAUAAAUAUAUACACGGAAUUAAUAGAAGGGUAGUAUAUAAUAAUACAGGAUGCUCGCUGAAGAUAAGACACAGUGGAUUAUAAUAUAAUAGGACUGAUUGCCAAUGCAGGAUGUUUUUACUACUGCAGUAGCAGAAAACUGUAUUCAUACAUAAAUAAUAAUACAGUAUUGCAGUCGCCGUCGUUUAGUAGCACUUUACUGCUCAAAACCUGCAAACCCUAUGCAUCUACUAACGGUUAUUCGGCCAGCGCCAGACGUA